GUCGCGGCUUCUUCUCCUGCAGGUGUCGCUCUCAAUCUAAUCCGCGCGGCGUGUGGGCGAGCAGCAGUCGAGGCUCACCGCGCGAUGUGUGAUUGAUGUUGUGUGGUAAUAUGGAGGCGGGGCUAAGCCUAGGCUCGUUUUCUUAUGGUAAAGAAGACGCAUGUUGUGCGGGGUGCUGAUCUCUGGCUUGUCAAUUUCUGGCGGUGGUUCUUGGGGGACCCUCAGGAUGUGACUGUGUCUUUCGCCUGGCUGGCGGUGCGGAUUGUUACUCUUCGUCCGGGUAAUACUCUCUGGACCAAGCGACCCUUGCUGAAGGCGGAACAUGCUUUAAGCCUAAAAAGCUUGAAACCAGCAUUUUAAAAAUCCAGAAAUACCUCGAGAUAAGCUAGAAUUCGCAUCACAAAGCCCAACUUGUGUGGAGUGGGUCCAAGGAUCUCGUUGCAAGUUUGGGCUUCUGCCCAAGCCAGCGACUGCCCGUGAGUCACCAUGGCAACCAAACAGCCUCCCCCUCUGAUGAAGAAGCACAGCCAAACAGACCUCGUGAGCCGCCUGAAGACACGGAAAAUCUUAGGGGUUGGUGGGGAGGAUGAUGAUGGAGAAGUUCAUAGGUCAAAGAUUAGUCAAGUCUUGGGCAAUGAAAUAAAGUUUGCUGUGAGGGAACCAUUGGGUCUCAGGGUUUGGCAGUUUGUGUCAGCCAUCAUCUUUUCUGGGGUUGCCAUCAUGGCUCUCACCUUUCCUGAUCAGCUCUACGAUGCUGUAUUUGAAGAAGAGUCCGUCAACAGUAAGACACCCAUUCGCCUGUAUGGAGGAGCCUUGCUCAGUAUCUCCCUCAUCAUGUGGAAUGCCCUGUACACAGUGGAGAAGAUCAUCAUCCGCUGGACCCUGCUGACAGAAGCAUGUUACUUUGGGGUGCAGUUCUUGGUUACCACCAUCACGCUGGUUGAGAAUGGCCAGGUAUCGACUGGAGCCACCCUCCUCCUCACCAGCCGGGUCCUCUUUGUACUGAUCAGCAUUUACUAUUAUUACCAAGUUGGACGCCGACCCAAGAAAGUUUAAUCUCCAUGGCUUCUGAAGGGUGGGGGCACAGGGGCUUUUGUCAUAAAUUUUGCAUUCCUUCUGUUAGUUUCUUUUUUUUGUCUUAAAAACAAGCUCCCUCCUCUCUUAUGGCAUGCAUCAAUGUAUAAAUCCAGAGCUGGGGCCACUGCCGGAUGAGGCAUGGAAGAAGAAGAGAGAUCAAAGGCAGCCUAUCUGGAGAGGGCAAGAAAACAGAGGCUAGAGAUAAGAAAGGCUGUUCGCACUGAGGGAGGUGGGUGGGAGAAGAUUACUUUCUUGUAGCUAUUUUCCUCUGUAAAAUGAGACUGUGGCACACUCUCACACACAUACACAAUGAAUUCAAAAGGGAAAGACUGUGAAGGAUCACCGGUGAGGAACAUCCCUUUCCUCAGAUCAUCUUGGCAGUACCAUUCUGCCUGAUAUGGGGCACAGGAAGUGGCAGUACAAAGGUAAUAUUGCCAAUUUUCUGGGAUGUUUAGGAGUUGGCACCCUUAAUAUCUAAGUAGCAAUGUCACAUACGGAAGUAAGUGGUGGCUCUUUUAAUGUUAAGAACUAAUUCUGGCUGAUUGGUGAAAAUAUGUGAACUAGCUACAGCUGCCAUAUUGGGGUUUGGUUUACAUUUGGCUUUAAAAGGGGGGGAGGAAGCAACCCCCCCAAAAAAAAUCCAGAUCUUAACUGUCAUCCUUUGCCUCCUCCAAAAUAAGAUUGUGGAUAUCACAAGUAUUUCAUAUGUGUAGGUCGACAUUCAUAAAUCUGCUUCCAUGUUCUGUCUUAUCUGGGGAGGCAGGCACCAUGGCUCUAACCUUAGGGCCAGAAGCUAUGUGUGCAAAUGGGGUAUGGGUAGCUUCAUGCAGGGAGUUAUGUGCUGUUAACCUAUAUGUUAUUGCCUCCCUAGUGUAUGGCAGGAGAAAAGCAGAGUGAAGGGCAUGAGGGCAUCAGAAUGUAAGCUAAUAAAGAGCUCCCCAUUUAACACAGUCCAGUGUGCUGUGACUCAUGGAAGGUAGAACAGCGACACAUUUAUGUAACCUGCUGCAGUAUGAGAAAUUUCAGGAUAAUGUUGUGCGUAUGUUUAAGCAUAACACUGUACCUAUUGCCCUAAACCUCCCUACAUGAUAUGAGGGGCUACACAAACACUUAGACUGGCAUUAUCACUUAACUAGAAUAGAUCGUAUUGAGAUCAGUGUAUGAGUAAGCUUUGUUUGAUUCCUACUGCCUCAAACUUGGUGGUAUGAUGUAAAAAAGGUUAGUAUAGUGUAGAGUAGAAUACAGGGAUUAUUCCUGAUGUAUAAGGCUGAUGCUCCAGGUGGGUCAAUGAGUCUUCCCCAACUUCAGUAGGCAAAUAGACCAAAGCUUGUGUGGGUCACCCCCCACCCCCAGCUGGGAUUCUGUGUAGAUGAGUGCAAAUAUAUGGGGGAGGGAUUGCUAUUGCCAACAAGACCACAAACAGCCUAGGUUGACUGCUUUGCUCCAUCUCUCAUUCCCCUUCUUCUUUUGCCAAAGGUUAUCAGGCUUUGUUCUGUCAUUUUCUCUCUUGACAAGGCCAUUGAAGAAGAAGUGCUUUGCAUCUCCUCCUCCCAUAAUAUCCUAACAGUAGAUUUUGUUUCCAGCCAUGGAACUGGGACCAAGGGGGUUGUAGAUUUGACACAUACUUCAGCCCACAAGCCAAGACAAAGACCUGCUGAGAUGGACCAGACAGUCGGGUGUGGAUGCAACUACUUUGGAGUAAGUGUAUAUGGCCUCCAUUGUGCUGGGAUGGAGCAAAUCCGUGGAAAUCACAAUUGCAUCAACUAGCUGUGAUCACCUUUUCAAAUUUGAAGCAAACUCACUGCACCUUGAACAAUAAAAAUAAAUCUUUGGAAAGUUGCAGAAACCUCUUGUGGAUGGCUGGAAACAUGUAUUGGCUCCUGCCUGCAACUGUCCCCCAAAGACUGCCUCCUUUCCCUUAUUUUGGCAUUUAUCAAACAUGUGCAUGAACCUGGCAAUCUGUGUAAGGUGCACAAAUGGCUGUGAAGACAACACAACAGAUUAUUUGAACUGAUAAAUGUGUUUUUAAAAGUGUAGCCUUUAGCUGCCAAGGAUAGUGCCUAGUAGUCCAGUGUGAGACUAAAACCCUCCACAAGAGCAAUUUUGGUAAUGCUACUUUCAAGUGUCACAGACAGUCCUUGGCCUGUGGAAAAGAUGACUUGUACACCAUGUGAAAUAAAAAUGGUUUUCAGCAA